AUGAGUGAAAUAAAUUACACCGAGGUGUCGGAAUUUGUGUUUCUGGGACUUUCAACAUCUAAACAAAUACAGCAUUUUUUUCUUGCCUUCUCUGUAGUAUUUUAUGUAGCCAUUGUGUUAGGAAACACCCUUGUUGUGUUUAUAGUAGCUAUUAACCCACAUUUACAUUUACCCAUGUACUUUCUUUUGGGAAACCUCUCAUUUAUUGAUUUAUGUCUUUCCACCUUAACUGUACCCAAGAUGAUUUCUGACCUGUCCUCUGGGCACAAUACCAUCUCAUUCCAAAGUUGUGUCUUCCAGAUAUUUGUCCUUCAUAUCCUGGGGGCAUCUGAGAUGGUAUUGUUGAUAUCCAUGGCCUGGGACAGAUAUGUGGCCAUAUGCAAACCCCUCCAUUAUUUAACCAUCAUGAGUCCACGGAUGUGCCUUUUACUUCUAUCUGGGGCUUGGAUUAUUGGCUUUUUACAUUCAGUGACCCAAUUAGGUUUUGUUGCCCAUUUGAGUUUUUGUGGUCCUAAUAAGAUAGAUAGUUUUUACUGUGAUCUUCCUAGAUUUAUCAAACUGGCCUGCAUAGACAACUACAGAAUGGAAUUCAUGGUUGCUGCCAACAGUGGCAUCAUUUCUAUUGGCACCUUCUUUCUAUUGGUAAUCUCCUACACUGUUAUCCUGUUCACGGUAAGGAAACAUUCAUCAGGAGAUUUGUCCAAGGCCCUCUCGACACUUUCUGCUCACAUCUCUGUGGUAGUUUUAUUCUUUGGACCAUGCAUCUUCGUGUAUAUGUGGCCAUUUCCUACUGUACCAGUGGAUAAGUUCCUUGCUAUUCUGGAUUUUAUGAUUACACCCAUCCUAAACCCUGUCAUUUACACACUGAGGAACAAAGACAUGAAGGUGGCAAUGAGGAAACUGAGUGAUCAGUUUCUGCAUUUUAGACAAUGUCCUGAAUAA